UAGCCGACGCCGUCAUUCGGCCGGCGGCGGGUCCGCUAAAAAAUUUCGUCCCAUGCUGCAGAGUCCCCGUCGGUGACGAACGUCAAAUCAACUGCUCAUCAACUUCUUCAAUCCGCCGUCCCUCCGGAGAUGGGCCCUGGAUGCCAAUACUGAGUACUCGCCUACUUACCAAGUACAUACAGCGCUAAAACGAGGGCCAAGCUACCUAGGCAACGGACCGAACAUGUACUUGCCUGGAAGAAGCGACAUUCUCGAUCCUCUCACUCGACACUUGCAACUGCUACUACCGCAGCCGCCGCAUGGCAGUGGUCAUGACGUUUAUCGUCGACACCAGCAGCUGCACCAGCCACAGCACCAGCAUCUGCAGCCACCGCAGCCGCAGCUAGUCAGACCGGAUGGCGUCUCGGACGCGGACCAUCUGCCGCAGGACGAUAUCGUGGAUUUAACCCAUGUGCUCAUCAUCUCGGUGGCUUCGGUCACUUUCUUGAUCUGUUCCCUCCGACUAUACGUGCGAAAGUUCGUCAUGAAGCAGUUUGAAUUGGACGAUAUUAUGGCGAUUGUCGCGCUGAUCUUUACCAUGCUCUUUGCCGCAUUGAUCGUGAUCAUAACCCACUACGGCGCGGGUGAGCACUUCUGGAACGUCUCCCAGAAAGACCUUGCAAAGAUAUACUUGAUCUACUAUGUGGCGCACUGUUCCUACCUCUAUGUCUCACUCUUCAUCAAGAUCAGCCUCCUCAUCUCGUUGAUGCGCUACUUCCCGGACCAACACAUCCAGCGCAUCAGCCAGGGGCUGAUCAUCCUCCUGACGGUCUUCACGGUGGGCAGCGAGCUGGCGAUAACCUUCCAGUGCACGCCAGUGCGGGCCGCCUACGCGCCCGUCGAGGGCGCCACCUGCUGGCCAAAAGAGACGCUGUUCAUCAUGAUGAUCUUCCAGGGCGUGGCGAUGUCGCUAACGGACGUGGUGAUACUGGUGCUUCCCAUGCGGCCGCUGUGGCGCCUCAAGGUGCCGCUGCGAGAGCGCUUGCCGCUGAUGGCACUGUUUGGGCUGGGUGCCGGAGCGUGUGUGGCGAGCAUCGUGCGCUUUACCACGCUGGUCUACACCAAGGACGAGGUCGACCAGACGUACUCGAUGGUGAAGAGCGCCAUGUGGCUGAACACCGAGUUCUGCUUCGGGCUGAUGGCGGGGUCCCUACCGUCGCUGCGGGUCAUCCCCGGGAUCCGUGCGUUGUGGAGAGCGUUGUCGAAGACGAAGGAGGGCUCCGGCGGAGAGGGGAGGAGGAGGGGAGAGAAGCGGUGUUCACGAGGUGGGCAUCACCCGCCGCUGCCGCCGCGUGCCACCGCCGCCGCGGCUGUAGACACGUUCGAGAUGGACAUGGUGGCGAGUGAGACCGGGUUGACGGAUACGUAUAUUGGGCGGGAGGAGGUGGGAUCGUUUUGUCGUGAUGCGGAUAGUAGGGGCGUGGAUAGUGAUAGUAGGGCACAGGAUGCGGAUGUAGGAUGAUAUUUUUUACCGGUUCAUGGCUUCCCGAGGUGUCGAAGCAAGCAUGCACUGUUCUGUGUAGAUACCAUUUAUGCACCAGCCGGCGAGUCCCUGAGACCAAGGUGAGAUCGUGGCCGUAUCUAGUACUCGGGAGCUCCGGCACGAUACCUCACCAGAAUCGAU